UCUCAUUACACCUUUAAACGUCGUCGUAUUACCAUCUUUCAGUAGGUCACCUGCUUCCUUUUAUCCUGCUAUAAAUCAUCCCUUUCCUCUGCAUUUCUACUUUCGCCCUUUCUUCCUCUAUUUCAUCAUUUCCGUUCCGACGAUAUUUUUUCCAGGUGUUACUUUCCCUUCCGAUAAUUUCAUAAAAAGGAAAAAAGAUAAAAAAAAAAAUGAAUAGAUGGGAGAUUCAACAAAACGCCAUGGUGGUAGGUUGUGAAGAAAUGAGGGGCCCAUCUGCAGCUUCGUUGUCCGAUCGUAACGGUUCGGUUCUUGUUCGUCCCAAACCUAGGCGAAUCCAUUUUUUAGCUACUACUAAUCUCACCAUGUCUUUGCGAUGGCAACGAAGCCAACAACAAGACGUAUGUGAUUCUAAAGCUGGUGCUGAGCUUCUUGACAUGAUUCUUCGCAAGGAAGGUCAUGGUGAAGGAAGAUCUUGUUCAGGUAGAGAGAUGGCAUCAUCACCCCCAUUUUAUUGUGGAUCACCACCUAGUAGAGUUUCUAACCCAAUAGUUCAGGACGUGCAAUUCGGGGAUGAAAAUUUAUCCCCGUUGUCAACUUUACAACUGACAUCUCCUUCCACUUCUGCAUCGCCUUCACCAUCCCCAUCAGCUAUGAAAUCAGGCGGUGUGAGGAUCAAGUAUGGUCUCAAGUCACCCACAGUUAGAGUAGAAGGUUUUGAUUGUCUUGGUAGGGAUCGCCAGAAUUCAGGCAUCACUGCCAUGGCUUAAAAGAAAGAAAAGAAAAGGAAAACAAAAUUCAUUUGGAUAACUGUAUAUAUACCAAAAGAAGAUUGAAGUGAAGCUGCCAUUUGCAUAAGCAAUUGCAUCGGAACUUCUCUUGGAGGAAAUUAAGGUUUUUGACGUUAUGGUUUUGUAGAAAUAUUUGGUGGAGAGAUUUGUCUUGCCAUUUGCCAUUGUAUAUAGGAUGUUUGUUCUACUAGUAGUAAGAACACCCGAGGGAGACGACCCGACCCAACCCAACCCAACCCAACCCGUAGAGGUUUUGGUCUCUUUUGUUUUUUUGUACUAUAUGAGAGAAGGAUUGUAAGAGGAAUUUGUAUAGACAGCCAUUGAGUGGUCUGACCUUGUAACUUAUGGUGUAAAUAUACGCUCAUUUGCUACUUA